AGUCCUGUUGUCCUGAGAAACUAUCCUUUUUUUCCUUUUCGUCCAGCUUUUGAUCGCUUAUUCCUUCGCAAUACCACACCCUUAUCGUAGCCUUUUAGUACUCAUUCAAGAUACCAAAUUUUGCCAAUUGAUAUUAGAAACAGUUCAAUGGAUCAUCCAUCGAGGGUAUUAGCGCAGGCGCGGGAGCAUCUCGAGGCUCUCAAGCAAUCCGGUCUCAGCCGUGAUGCUUUACUCGCUUUAUUAGAAGAGCAACCACAACAACAGCAGCAGCAACAACAACAACCACCUCAACAGCCACAAAAUGCCAUGGUAACCGAUGCCUCACUGCCAAAUUUCAACUACAGAGACGUCAAUGCCUUCGGUCAACCUCAUAGGCAACGAUCAUCCAUCUCGUCGUCCAGAUCUAGCUGUUCGAGCCGUGACAGCGUCUUCUCUUCAGCAUCCGCACGAAGCUCAAUAUCAUCGACGACAGCCCCAGCGACAACGGACGCGAAGUUCUGGUGUACGUCCUGCGAUAAGACGUUUAAGAGGAAAUUCGAUUGGAAGCGACACGAGGAGGAAUUCCACGAGCGGUCGCGUAAAUACCCCUGUCCGAAUUGCAACCAGAGCUUCUGGGGCCCCAACACGUUUAAUCAGCACCACAAGUCAGCACACGGUUGCAAGACAUGUCCCCACGCAGACACCGUCGUCAAGCAUCUAAGAAAGAGGAGGGCAUGGGGAUGCGGGUUUUGCGCUGCGAUGCACGGCAAAUUCGAGAAACACAUCGACCACGUUGCUGCGCAUUUCGAGACCGGGAGCACGAAGGUGGAUUGGCUGCACUCGAACGUCAUCUACGGACUUUUGCACCAGCACCUUAUCCACGAAGCGUGGAAAACAUUGAUUGCGAAGAAGCAGAGCAAGUUCAACGGACAUCAGCCCAUGUUCAGCUGGAGUCCCGAAUCGACUGGACGAGCUCAGGGAUUCGUAGAAAACGAGAACCCCGGACAGCUGCAAGAUCUGCUAGAGUUCUUCGAUGGAUCUAAAGAGUCCGCCGAGAACAUUGUCGAGAUGGCGUAUACCUGCGUUCACGUCGUAUUCCGACCGAGGUCAGGGUCCGGUAAUCAAGGCUCGCCCCAGACAUCCUUAGGUUCGACGUCUCCGACCAACCCCUCCAAACACAUGUCUGUCAUACCAAGAAACCCCUCUGGUCCGCGACGAUCCGCAUCCACAUCUGCGUUACCCGGGGUAAGCCGGCACAGCAGACGAACGCCGUCUGGCGACUAUCCCCACAAUGGCGUUCCCACCCAAGUAUCGAAUCUGAACUUGGCUAUGCAGUCCGUGCCCAGCCAACAGCAGUCGAUGAUGAACGCGUACCAAAGUUUCUCCAUGCAGCCGGCUCCGCAGCAGAGGUACGUGCCAGCGCCUAUCACGACGGAUAAGGCGCUCCCUCCAGCCCCGCUAGCGCCCUCGCCGACUUCGCCGAUGCAAAUGGACUUCCCCAUCUUCAACACGGAUGAGGGGCUCCUACCGCCGCUCGACCUAUCGUCGGAGGACUGGCGGAGCUUCGCGAGCACCCUAGUCGAGGUAGAAGAGGAGCCGGCCCAUCCUCUGUCUUCCAGUCAAUUCCCCAUGAGCUGGGAGGACUUGGGACAAUUUAGCACGAACUCAUGAUGACGAUGACGAUGGCGGUGAUGGCAGUUAUGGCGGAAGUGGUAAUGUGAGCACGGCGAUUGAUUGAUUGAUUGAUUAGGCGCUUAAAAAGCUCUGGAGCUUGUAUUGUAAUGUAUUGGGUUGCACUGGACCGAACGGUUAUGGUUAUGCCCG